UUUAUGAAAUCGCUUUCCCUAAGAUGACUAAAAAAUCUCAAUUUAACCCUAAUGGAAGAUAUCAAAGGGUUUGGAGGACAAGAAAGUACGGCAACUUAUACGAUACAUCUUGGUGGACCCAAAAGAUUACAGAAAAUUGAUCGAUUGUUUUUUUUUUUUUGAGGUUUUCGAUAAUGGGAGCAAGAGCUAGUAAGCUGAACAGAUUGAUCGGAGGUCGAAAGAGUAGGCGGUUCGGGGUUCCUCCGUCGACGCCGAAAGGUUAUGUUCCGGUAUGUGUAGGGGUCAACGACGAUACAAGGCGGUUCAUCGUGCACAGGACCACCUUACGUGAUGCAGAUUUCCUGGAGUUGCUAUGUAAAUCAGCUGAAGAAUAUGGGUUUUGUAAUGAAGGCAUUUUGAGGAUUCCUUAUGCAGCAAAGGAUUUUGAGGAGUGGAUUAUGAUGAGAAGGGCUAAACAAAAGAUUGUUCGUGUUAGUUGAGGAUGUUGAUGUGGUCGAUAUGGGGAAAUUGCUUGGAUUUGGAUUGAUGCUAAUCAUCUGGGUGUACACUUCCCAGGAAUAAGAUGUGGGCAGCUGUGUCCUUUCGCUGGAUUAUGAUUGCUGUUGUGUGAAGAAAAGAUCUUCUUUUCUUAUUUUAAGCUUCAUUUUAGAUUGAUGAUCAUUGCAACUUUUAUAAGAACGAACUGCAUAUAGCUAGUUAUGUGUCAUUGUCACAGUGUUCAGCUUUCAUGAUUUAAGUAAAACAACUUGACAACUUUUACAUUUUUAACAUUUUUUCUAUCAAAAGGUUGUUCUUCCUUCUUAUGAGAAAACCAAAC